AUGGCUGAACAAUCUGCAGUGGCUGCGGAUACUGCCGCCCCCAGGCCCGAGGUCUCACCUGAGGCGCCAAAUGAGCUUAUUCCUGCUGAUGAAAAUAAUGAGACUGACGAUGAUGCUGAUUCAGCGCUCGGUUCUGAUGCUGAAAGUUCGACUGCUUCGGUUUCGGCGAGUAUUCUCGAGUAUCGACGGAGUCAGGGCCGAACAUACCAUAGUGAUAAGUUCGCCACGAAUUACUUUUUGCCCAACGAUGAUCAACAACUUGAGUCUGUUGAUUUGACACAUCAUUACUUGAUGAUCUUAUUGGAUGACCAAUUAUACCUUCCUCCUCUGAAGGAAGAUAAGUUGAAAAAGGUGCUUGAUGUUGGUACCGGAACUGGUAUCUGGGCAAUUGAAUUCGCCGACCGCUUUCCCAACGUCGAAAUAGUAGGCACAGACCUCUCCCCCUGCCAACCAGAAUGGGUCCCCCCAAACGUGCGCUUCGAAAUCGACGACGCAGUCAUGAACUGGACCUGGGAACCCAACGAAUUCGACUUUAUCCACAUCCGAUACCUCUUCGGAGCCAUCAAAGACUGGACUUCCCUGUUCAAGGAAGCGUAUCGCUGUGUCGCCCCUGGCGGCUGGGUCCAGUCUGCUGAGGCUGAUGUUGAGUUCCGUUCUGACGACGGUACUGUUGAUCUUGAGCCGAGUUUGGAGUUGUAUAAGAAACUUUUUGUGGAGGGGGGUAAGGCGCUCAACACGCCAUUCUUUGUGUAUGAUAUGCAGGUCAAGGCUUUUGAGGAUGCGGGCUUUGAAGAGGUUCGCGUUGUUGAUUACAAGAUUCCUGUCGGAGACUGGCCCAAGGACCCCAAGCUCAGAGAAGUCGGCAAAUUCGUCCGAGCUUGCUUGGAAAACGAUAUCGAAGGGUACACUCUCAUGAUGUGGCAGGAUGUUCUUCAGUGGCCCAAGGAGGAAUACCAGAUGUUCCUGCUCAGCAUCCGAAAGGCCAUCAAAAACCCCAAGAUUCACUCGUAUAUGAAAGUGCGUUACGUUUACGGACGCAAGCCUGAGGCGAAAUAG